CGGCGGCGGCGGGGCGGGCCGCGGGCGGUCAGGCAGGCGGCGGCGGCGAUGCGGCGGCCCCGCUGAGCCCGCCAGCUCCGGGCGCCGGGGGCCGGCCGCGCGAGGCGGCCCGGGUCGGGCGGCAGCAUGCGGAGCGGCGAGGAGCUGGACGGCUUCGAGGGCGAGGCCUCGAGCACCUCCAUGAUCUCGGGCGCCAGCAGCCCGUACCAGCCCACCACCGAGCCGGUGAGCCAGCGCCGCGGGCUGGCCGGCCUGCGCUGCGACCCCGACUACCUGCGCGGCGCGCUCGGCUGCCUCAAGGUCGCCCAAGUGAUUUUGGCCCUGAUUGCAUUCGUCUGCAUAGAGACCAUCAUGGAGUGCUCCCCGUGUGAAGGCCUCUACUUUUUUGAGUUUGUGAGCUGUAGUGCGUUUGUAGUGACUGGAGUCUUGCUGAUUCUGUUCAGUCUGAACCUUCACAUGAGGAUCCCCCAGAUCAACUGGAACCUGACAGAUUUGGUCAACACUGGACUCAGCACUUUCUUUUUCUUUAUUGCCUCGAUUGUAUUAGCUGCUCUGAACCACAAGACCGGAGCGGAAAUUGCUGCCGUGAUAUUUGGCUUCUUGGCGACUGCGGUGUAUGCGGUGAACACAUUCCUGGCAGUGCAGAAGUGGAGAGUCAGCGUCCACCAGCAGAGCGCCAGUGACUACAUCCGAGCCCGCACGGAGUCCAGAGAUGUGGACGGUCGCCCCGAGAUCCAGCACCUGGACACAUGAGCCCAACUGCGGAGCCCUCCUCCCUCUCAUCCUUGUGCCCAGCCUUUCAACCAAGUUUUCUUUCCCUCGUCACGUCAGAUUUUCCUGUGAUUAAGCUGAAUUUUGUCCUCUUUGGUAGAAGUUCCUUCCAGGAAAGGGUUUUCAGAGUGGCCCUGUCGGUGGGUCUGCAAGGCGGGGAGCCCCAUACUCAGCUGCUGAGACAGAGGUGGGCGGGAGGGGCCUCACAGGCUGCCAUGUCUCCUCUAGGUCCUCACUGUCCCCGAGCACAGGCUUCACAUCUGGCUCUGCGCCACCCUGUCACAGGUUUUUGCGACAAGUCAAGACUUUGGAUUAAUGGGAGCUGCUAGGAGGGGUAAAAAAUCAAGGAAUGAAGGUGCAGGGUUGGAAGAGUCAGCAGCGAUCGCUGGGCAGGCCCCUCGAGGGCCGCAGGGCAGCGUGUGGUCCUGCUACCUGGACCCUCGCCUGCUCCUCCUCGUCUUCCAUCCCUGGGCCGUCGAGACAGCCAGCGCAGGCCCGGUACACCGCGGGAGACACUGAGGGUCUGGCCAGGGGUGGCUGGUGGAGCUGUUUGCCGGGUCUGGACUCUUCGGGGAUGGGAAGAGCUGCUGUCCUGUUGGCACAGCUCGGCAGGCCCGCUGCCCUGCGGGAAGGUCGCCCGUCGUUUCCUGCCCUGCUCAGAAAUCACUCGAUUGUUCCUCCAGUGCAUCACCUCCCCGACUCCCACGUCCUCCUCCAGGAAUAUGGGACCAUCUUGUUUUCCAGUUUGCUACCCACCCUUACUACCCGGAGGCUGAAUUGCAGACUUGCUGCAAUUUUACCUUCUCAGGUAAAAGUCACACACAAAAAAUACAAUCCAUUCCAGCAGCCAGAAUGCUUGCCCAUUUGCUGGCUUCAUGGACCACAGGUGGGGACCCACCUCUGUUUUAGGGAUGUGUGCUAAUUUUUGAAUGCCUGACGACAGUUGUGAAGUGAUUCUGAGUAGGUUUGUCUAGGAUUUGAAAAUACUUGAAUUUCCACCACGACACAUCCUUUCUCUGAUGUUUCAGAAGGCGUAGGCUCUGGCUUUUGUGCCUCAGGGUCCGCACUGUGGACGCUGAUCUCGGAAGUUGUUGGGAAAAAUUCUAGUUACGUCAGGUUUCGAAUGGAUUCUUGAGAAAGUGAAGGUUAUGUGGUGAGUGUUCAGCGAGCCCCUCUGAUGCUGUAGUGUUUUUUGUCCUUUGUAUUUUUCCUGUUGGAGACUAAUUGUAUCUUUCACGGAAAAAUUGUUUUACCUUGUCGGGUUUUCCCUCUCUGAACUGUUGUUAAUGUUUACAAACCUCCUUCCCGCUCUACUAGUCUGCGGUUAGCCGUCCCCCCGGGAGGAGACCCGGCCUGCUCGGGGGACGAGUGUGCAGCCCGGGGAGAGCCCCCGGGACCUCACCUAGCGGUGACCGACGGCAGCGGUGGAGGGCGCCGUGUAAGGGGGAGCGAACGUGAGUGUGCCGGCCGGUGGGGGGCCCAGCGCGUGUGAGAAGGCGUCCAGCGCAUCUGAUUUCCCAGUGCAGGUCCCCCUGCUCGGCCUGCAGUUCCAUGGCUGAAGGGUCGGGGCGAGCGGUGAGCCCCCUGGACCGGCCACCCGGUACGAUCCGAAUUCUGCGGCUCCUUUCCGGGGCAGCGGCCUGGGUCAUACGUGCGAGCUCGUCUGCGUCCCGGGCGGCGGGCUGCCCGUGCAGACCCCCUGCUCCCACCCGGGUCCAAUCGAGCCCCCUGCCCGUGUGUGUUGUGAGGCUGUGCCAGUCAUGCGUCGCAGACUUUGAACUUAGUAGAUGUAGUGACUUCGGAGGAGAUUAGGACAUCUGGAUUUUAUCUGUUCAUUUUGUGUAUUUAUUUUGCAUUUGUUGAGUGUGUCUGCAUCGUCAAAAAUGGGCUCAUCUCCCUCUGAGAGUUCCAAUUAGAAACAGGGUCACGAAGACUCAGCCUUGCAUUCAGCAGGGCCCACUUGGAAGGACCACCCUGAACUUUAUCAGAAAUCUGUUGGGAAUCAUGUUACUUGGCCUCAAUAAAAAGCCGCCUUUGAAGUGAGAUCGAAAAAAACAAUACCACUCAGGCAGGAUCGUUGCCCAAGUUUUCCCAAGUCACUGCAAUAAAGUCAGUUUAUCAUCUGGUGAAAAAGGGCCUGUUGGUCUCCUGAGGACGUGUUGAAAGCUGCAAGAAAGGGUUCUGAAGCCCAUCGAAACUAUAAAUGCUUACAGGUGAUAAAAAGUGAUGGCACGUUGUGCCACAGAGGGACUUAUAGUCAGUUUGCAUCGUAGUGUAGAAUCUUUGGAAUUAUUUAUGUCCCUGUAACUAUUUAAUAUCCUUUGUGCCAUGAGGCUCCCCCAUGGUUUUUGUAAAUAUAUUUCUUUAUAUUUAAUUAGCUCCCAGGACAACCAGCAGCGGCCAGGCCUGCUCCUAGCUCUCUAACCCAGGUGACCCGGUGACAUUCGUGUGACGUGAGUGCUCGUGGAGGGAAUUUGGCUGUCUAGGGCGAGUGUGACGACGCUUGCAUUUGCCUUGUGUUGCCUCUGUGUACAAACAGGACAAUCUAGAUUUAGCGGGGGGCUUACCAGGACUUUUUUUUUUUUUUUUUGCAAAUCGAAGGAAGCUUAUUUGUGCAUUUAAUAGUUCCAAUAUGGACCACAUGCAUAUGGUUUGGGGCAUUUUGAGGCUGAGGCAAUCUUAGUGUUUCUCAAUUUUCUGGUAGGAUGAUGCUGGCAUUCAUAGUGGGUGCCAGACUUGAUGGGAACUGCAGUUGCUGUGUAAAUUGGAAUUUGUUCCUGGACACUGUAUGAUUGAAACCCACAAGCAUUUGGUGGAACCUCUGGGGUGGUUUGAGAUGGAUGCAAACGCUGACGUCUUCAGAGAAAGUUGAUCUUGGCACUGAUUUGGUUGAUGUGGUAUUUUUUUUCCCUCCGAGUCUCCUGAAUCCUUUCGCACUGCUGAAGGCAUUGGAGGGAGAGGUCUUCCCCUUGCAAACAGAGAGAGGACAGUCACGGAGGCCCAGAGACACUCGUUGGCCUCACAGAAAGCCAGGGAAGGACGAAGGCAGUCACAGAUUAAAAUCUCACCGGAGAAGUUCGAUGUAUUUUAUUUUAGAUUUUUACUCUGUGCAGCAACACUUACCCAAGAGAGAUGACCUUUGCCUACCAAAAGGCAGGGAUGGAGCAGCCUGUCCAGUCCCCAGGCCUCGUCUGCCUCGGCAAGCUGAACUGCAAGUGCCAGUGUGCCGGUGGCGGGGAGUGGGGGGACCCCAGCCCCAGCCCUCAGGGCACCGCGACAGUCGCCUGGCAGGGACGCUCUUGCCCGUGGGUAGGCGUGAAGUCAGUCCGAUGUGUUGGAUGCUUCUGGUGAGAGCUUUUGACUCCGUUGAAAACAUGUCUACUCGCUUGAAGUUUGCAGUUUCAUCUGCCUUUCUGUGGGGCUCUCUUAGUGACUGAGACUUUACUUAAGCCACAGGCAGUCCCUCGGGGAGAGGAAGCACUGACUCUUGUCUGCACACGUGUGUGAAUUCUUGCACCCAGUAAGCCUGGAAUAACGCCUCGGUGUGUCACGUCCUAUGUGUGGCCCCAGCUCACCUUCUCUUGUCAACAUUCAUGUGCUCUUUGGGAAGAAAUUCCUCACCCCUCCAUGUGUUUAAGAGGUGGACCGAGUUCUGAUCUCUGGCUGUGCAAGAUUUUCUGUGGGUUCUCAGAACUGGCCUUAACAGAUGGAUAGUGUGUGGAGGCAACGUGUGGCCAGUUCAGUGAUUCUGGAAGGCAGUGAUGAUUUAAGUGGUCCCGAUUGUGCCUCCAUGUCCAAAACCAAGCAACCAUGAAGUCAUUUUGCCACUGCUUGUCAUUUUCUCCAUAUCUUGUUUAUAGGAAAAUAAUGACAUUAAACGGGUAGCAAAAGGCAGGAAAAAAAAAAAAAGCACUUUCUAGGCUGAAGGCUACUGCUCAUUGAUUCUCUCUAGCAAAAUAAAAAGUUGCUUCUUGCCCCUGGGACUGCCAUUGGUUUGUGAGGUCCCCAGAUGCUUUUUUAGUUCCUAGUGAACUUUGCAGAACCCGGGGCUUCUGUCUUCAGGUCUUUCUUACCUUAUCAGCACCCACUCUAAGGACCAGCUGGGCGACAGGCUGAAGAGGUGGGGGCAGGGGCAGGUCUGGGAGCUGAGGGGAGGGAGGGGCUCUGCACCCAGACUGUGUCCUGGGGGGCGCUUCAUCACACCACACAUGGUGACUGACCCAGGACAUUUUGAAAAAAUGUACUUGGUGAACUACCUUCCUAUCCUCUAGCUUUGGAAAAAAUGAGGUCUUGUGUUUGGAAUCAGCCUGAGAACAAAAGCUGGAUGUUGGGACCAGUCUGCCUUGGAGCUCUGGAUGGGCUCUUGGUGUCUUGUUGAGUCUGGACAGGGUGACUCAGAUUCUGGUUUGGGUGCCUAGAGAGGAUGCAGGCCUAACGCUGCCUGCCUUGAGCUUUGCAAACCUUCCUGACUUUUUAUAAAAUCUUGUUUCCUCUCUUCUCAGCAGAUAUUACUGAGAUCAUAAGAACUGUCUGGUUGAAAAGGUAAUUUGAAAUAUUUGACCCUGAAAAAAAAAAAAAUAUUUGACCCUGUACAUUGCUUUUGUUUAGAAACCACCUCUGACAGAAAACACCCUCAGUAUCUGUUAGAUCUGGAAUUUUUUUCUGAAAAUGAAUGUUCCAUUUGACUUUUCCUUAUACCAGUAAAUGGCAUUUAUACACUCUUAGGCUUGAAACAGAGGAAUGGGUCCUGACAUGUUUUCCCUUCUUUGGUCUAGAUUAUAUUUUUAUUCCAUUGGAUGUCAUUUCUCAACCUUGGGGAUUUUUUCUCCCCCUUUCUAGUUUUUCUUAUUCCAUAAAUAGUACAGAAAAAAGUUACCUACAGGCCCACUGAACUUGAAUCACUGGCAACUUGCCUAGAGUAAAAUUUAGAUUAUGGAUCCUUUAAUAGUGCAUCUUUUUCAUAGGGUUAGUUUGUUGUCCACAUUUUUAUGCCAAGACUUUAAUUCAGGUGACUUGCUUAUUAGACAGCUGGGAGUGGCAUGUUUUCUUUGGGAUGCAUUGUACACAAAGGCCAGAGAGCCUUCAUUAAGGGGUUAAUAGCCUGGACCGUACUGAACUAUCAGAACUUUUAUGGUUCUAGUGGAACUUGUCUCAAAUGACCUUAAUCAGCUUUGUUGAUGGGAUUAGGGCGAGGCCCGAAGUUUCUUUUCCUAAUUAUGCCUCAGAGGAGAGAAGAUGUGACACAGUUGUUUCAGGGGAUAGUUUGUAUGGGACUUGGUAAUAGUCUGAACCUGUCAAAUCUGAGUUGUCUUUGGAGGACACUGCUAAACCCCAGUAGGAAGCACCCCGCUUUACCAGGGAAUGAGGACAGUGUAGGGGCCUGGUGUCCAUGCCAGUCAGGGCCAGGUCUAACUGAUGGCUGCCUCCCUCUGAGGGCCGUUUUCCUUUCCUGCCUUUUCCAGAAUCGGUUUUGCAAGUUUUGAGACUCUGUUCCCCUGCAGAAGCGAGGAAGGCAAAUCAUUAGGGGUUAAAGGGAGAACUGACUGGUCCAAGGCUGGGGGAGGGCCGGCUCCCUGGGGGAAGACGAGAGCGGGAGGCCUGGAUGGACCCCCAAGCUGGCCCAGACCCACACAGGGGCUGCCUACUUCCGGCGGGUUCACUCUGUAACCCAAAAUGAGUUUUCCAAUCCUGCCUCAUGAUGAAACUGAUGUAUGUGGAUAAAACCAGUGCUUUUAAUAACUUGAUUUUGAUGUGGUUCCCUCGAAGAGAAUGUAGGGAUUGAAACUAUUUGUAUAUGUUGAAGUUUGUAGGGGUUCAGGAACCCGUGGCAAAAACACUUAACUAUUUAUUACAGGUAUGACUGUAUGUUUUUUUUUUUUCCCCAAAGUAGAUAAUUCUGUCUUUGUAUAUUUUAAGACAAAUAAUAAUCGCUUCACCUUCGGUGCCUUCCGUGUGUCAGUCACAUAAACACUUGUCAAUCAUGGAAUUGAAAAAAAGAUGUACAUUUAGUUAAACCAGAUGACACUAUUUUUGUAGCAUGAUUUUCGAUUGUGUCCUUUUAAUAUUGCUUUUAGCAAUGAUGGUUUUGAGGUUUGGCCAUUAUCCCUUUAAACUUCGUUACGUAUUUUGAAAAAGAAAAAAAAAACCACCCCACCUUGGCUAUUCCUGUCUCCUCUCUGCUGCUUUCUCUCCCCAACGACUUGUUUCUGCUUAUUUCAACAGUCUGAGAGUAAGAGUAUAUUUCUGUGAAAUAAUUAUUAAUCAGUAUAACUGCAUUUGGCAUUUUUAAACUACUUGGUCAGUUACAGCGAGCAACUCCUCACCUCAAACAGAAAGAGGAAAGUGGUUUCAUAAAAAAGAAUAGAUACCCGCAGUGCUCUGACUUCCCCGCUUUGGGUCGGCAACGGCGAAGAGCCCCGUUAUUACCGGGCUGGUGAGGCCGAGGGCCUUCUCGGGCCUGGUGUCCUCCCGGACCGGCUCAGGCCCCCCCUCCCGCUCUGCCCGCGGGAGACAGGCUGCCCCGGUGGCCUCCGCCGGCUGGCCCUCUCCUGGGACCUCACGUUGGUUUAUGGAUGCGCCGGGGGGGUUCGGUGGCCCUUUCCGGUUUUCUGCCUGGACAAAAUAGAUGCCCUGCUAUGAGGAGCUUGGUGAAAUCGGGACUCGGCUAACACUCUAGCUGCUCCUUCGGCUUUCCCACCCCCGUAGGACUCGGGUUCUGUCCGGUCAAGAAAAAUCUCGAGUAAACUAGCUGAGUCGUUGCAACAUGAAGGAAUGGGUUUAUUGAAACAUAACGGUUGUAGCUUCUUUUUUGUCCUUUUGAAGGGUCAGAAUAUGUAAUUAUUUUAACAAAGGAAGUCAAGUCAGAUGGCUAAUAACUCUAAUACGAUUAUUCAUUGUUACUUGGCCUGGUGGCACUUUGGGGGGCAAUGUUAAUUUAAUAACUAUCACAUUUUGCUUCUUAAAAAUCUAUUUCCUUUACUGGUUUGGACACAGCUGUGGGGCAUUCUGAGGUGAUGCCCAUUUGGCACACGUUGGUUUAUGCUGUUGGUGGGUCUCCUGGCUUCUCGAACCCUGGCUCGUGGGUUUGACUCUAUCCAUGUGGAGUGGUUUCGGGGCCCCAAAGUCUUUGCCUGUGGUGGCUUGUCCGACAGCAGAUAGGGGCCUCACAUUGCCCUCGAUUUUGCCCCCUUAUUUCUUUUGAAGGACCUAUUUUUCAUGGUACUUGUCCUGAUCGUUUUCAUAGUGUUCAAAUCUGUAUUUUUGUAUGUAGAGGGAAAUAAUUUUCUCAACACUAAUCGCUAAUAAAUAUUGUAUUAAAUCGUCAUGAAGGAGUUUUUGUUUAAUAAAUGGACACGUAAAAGUGG